GUACUAGGGGCAUUUCUGCAAAGAUCCCGAGGGCAGAACUGAAAAAUGCAGUAUUUGAAAGUGGCGCCCGAAUUGCAGCAUGGCGCCAGUUGUCCAAAAUCCUACGGUACCAAAGGAGGGGUUUGGAAAAAGCGUGCCAGACCGAAAACGGGAUGCAACCGAAACAGCAAAAGAUAGACCAGGGAUCGAGCCCUGACGAAGUCCGUAACGCUAUCCCCUCCCUCUAGAAGACAACGUCCCGGCUGCCAAAAAUCAUGAAGCAAUGCUGAAAUCUGUGAAGGACGGGAUGGGGCCGAUCACUGGUUAACAAGUCGAAAGGGAAGAGGGGUAUAAUGUGGGUGGCAUGGGCUGCGGGAGGCGACUUCAUUCACCCACGCGUGGUGAAGGAAGCCCGCUUACCCACGACAGGGUCUCCGAUUCCCAUCUCUGUUACCCUAGGGGAUGACAAGACCCAGCGCUUCUUCGAUCAGACGGUCACCGACCUCCCCUUCUUCCUCACUCUCGAGCCGACUGAGCGUUCUUCGCCGUCUCGUCACCACCGCUCCUCUGCACAUUUCGAUGUGAUGGAGAUGGGGUAUGACUGCAUUCUCGGCACUCCGUGGUCUCGUUGGUUCCGCAGCAUCGAGGCCAAUUGGGCGACCAACACUCUCCUUCUCAAAACGAAGUGUGGACAGACGUAUCGCGUACCUUUCACAGGUACCACGGCGACACCACGCCCCGAUCCUCCUCCCCCGGAGCCUUUAGUGCCCACACCAUCUCCCUCCAUCGACUACGGCAGCCUCAACCGCUACACGGUUAAGAACAACUACCCCAUGCCUCGUUCCGAUGAGCUGUUCGACCGCCUAGCAGACAACCGCUUCUUUACGAAGAUUGAUCUUCGUAGUGGUUACCAUCAGAUCCGCGUCGCUGCAGCCGACCAGCCGAAGACCGCGUUUCGAUCACGAUUCGGCCACUAUGCGUUCACGGUGAUACCAUUUGGCCUCACCAACGCACCCGCUACCUUCCAGAGGGCGAUGAAYGACAUCUUCAGGGACAUCCUGGAGCAGUACGUUCUCGUCUACCUCGACGAUAUCCUGGUCUAUAGUCGUACCCUUGAGGAGCACCUCAGACACCUCCGCGACGUCCUUGACCGCUUGCGCRGACAUGGCUUCUACGCCAAGCUAAGCAAGUGCCGCUUUGCCCAGCACAAAGUGGAUUUCUUAGGACACUACGUGUCUGACCAGGGUCUCCACAUGGACGACGCGAAGAUCACUGCUAUUGUGGAGUGGCCCGCUCUCACAUCCGCUAAGCAGCUUCGCAGCUUCCUAGGCCUGACCAGCUACUAUACUUUUCUGACAAAGCCGAAGCUCACUCCUCGACAGGCUCGCUGGUGGCGCGACCUAUCCGAGUUUAGUUUCACCACUGAGCACAUCAAGGGUAAGACUAAUCGGGUCGCAGAUGCCCUAUCCCGGCGCCCUGACCACGACCAGGAGCACAUCCAGCUCUCUUCCAUCUCGGUCAGCACCGUCCACCACUCAGUSAUCGACGAGUUUCGCACUCAGUACCGCCACUGCCCCGACUAUCGCGACAUCCACGCGACCCUUCGGAGUGGCAAGACCGUCCCGAACUACUCUCUCGGGGACAACAGUCUUGUGUACUGGCACGGUUCACAGGGCACCAGAGAGCCCCAUAUUUGUGUUCCCUCCACUGGACAACUACGUGUCCGAGCAGUAGAAGAGUUCCAUGACCAGGCAGUUGCCGGUCAUAUGGGCUUCCACAAGAUGUUGGCUCAUGUGAGCCGCCUGUACGUCUGGCCGAAGCGCAAGGACUUUGUGAAGGACUACGUCGCAGAGUGUCCCACCUGUCAAGAGGUGAACAGUGCGAACCACCUACCUUAUGGUUUGCUCCAGCCUCUUCCUAUCCCUGAGGGUCGUUGGCAGUCCAUCUCGAUGGACUUUAUCGGUCCUCUUCGACCUCCGACCCCCCGCGGUCAUGAUGCUAUUCUGGUCGUCGUCGACCGCUUCACGAAGCGUGCACGCUUUGUUYYGUGCCGCUAUGYHRUCAGUGCACGUGAGGUCGCCGACAUCGUAUUUGACCGAGUCGUGCGUGACCACGGCUUACCUCUGAGCAUCAUAUCUGACCGUGACCCGCGCUUUACCAGCCGAUUCUCGCGACGGCUCCACGAGGUGUACGGCACUCAGUUCCGCUUCUCCUCGUCUUACCAUCCUCAGACUGAUGGUCAGGCCGAGAUCACGAACAGGACUCUCGGGGAUAUUCUCCGAAAGAUUGUUCGUGACGACCAGCAGUGGGAUCUCCAUCUUGCCCACGUGGAGAUAGCCUACAACCACGCCGUCUCGCCAGCCACGGGGAUGUCGCCUUACUAUUGCGACCUCGGCUAUCACCCGCGUGUUCCCGCGGAUUUCCUUCGACCGUCCCAGAUGCACCUCGACACGAGUUGUCCCGCUCUGGAUGAUUGGGUUGCACACAUGACGUCGAUUAUGAAGACCGCACAUGAGCACAUAGCCGCUUCCCAGACUCGCAUGGCAGCAUGUGCGAACCGAUCGAGGAUGGAUCACCCAUUCAAGGUCGGUGAUGAUGUACUUAUCGACGCUCGCCACUUACAGCUCGAAGCUGACAUGCUUCGCAAGUUUCGGCGUCGCUUCUUUGGCCCAUGCCGCAUCCUCCAGGCCGUCGGUUCUGAUACGACAUCUAGCCCGGUCAGCUUUCGUGUGAAGCUGCCCGACUACCUACGUCAGGCUCGUGUGCAUGAUGUCUACCACGUGUCGUUACUGCGUCCUUACUGCAGACCGUCUGAGUGUUUCGCUGGAUGACCAUACGAGCGCCCUUCACCCAUCAUGGUGGACGGCCAUGAGGAGUUCCUCAUUUCAGACAUCAUUGGUCGCCGAGUCACCGGCGAC